AUGAAAUGUUUGGCUCAAUGCCCUGCUACUGCAUGUUACAAUAAUGGAACAUGUGUAACAUGUAAGCAAAACUUUACUGGAAGUAAAUGUGACUCGUGUGUAGAUGGCCGAUAUGGAGCGAACUGUUCUUUACAAUGCAGUGAUGGUUGUGAGGGGAGUAUUUGUCAAUCAAGUGGUGGAUCAUGCAACUGCAAAAGAGACAAAUGUGCCGUUUGUGUAGAAGGACGGUACGGUGAAAAUAACUGUGAGCAGACAUGUUUUUCCGGAUGCAAUGGCAAAACAUGUAACUCUAACGGGACGUGUACGUGUAAGCCCUAUUAUACUGGAAGUACAUGUGACUCUUGUGUUAAUGGCAAGUAUGGAGAAAACUGCUCUUUGCAAUGCAGCGGAGGUUGUGAGUGGAACACCUGCAAUUUAUCAGACGGAUCAUGUAUCUGCAGCGGACAACAUUGUGAACACUGUAUCACAGGUCGAUACGGAGAUGAUUGUUCAAAAAUUUGUAGACGAGGCUGCUUAGAAAAUAAUUGUUCUUUUACUGAUGGAAAGUGUGAUUGUAAAGACUUUCACACAGGAGAUCGAUGUGACGUUUGCGUUGACGGGCGGUAUGGUGACAAUUGUUUGAAUAGAUGUGAGUUCUGUUAA